GAUCCCCCCUUCUUCUUUUCGUACCGUGCCCUAGCAGGGUAGACCUCGUGGUGGAUUGAGUUCUCCGACUCGGCCAUAUUGGAUAGUGAAUGUGUCUCACGUUACCGAAGGGCUCGAAAGUAGCCGAAAACCUCCUCAAGAUCCUCGACGACGUGAGGAUACACAACCAAGAUGGAAAACGAGUACACGGUCACAGUUACGAAUAAGUUCCUGCUCGAGCUCGACGAGAGCGAGGAUCCUCUGGAGGUGCUGAAAGUACGAGAGCAGGAGAAAGAGGCGAAGAAGAAGGAGAGAAUCUCCGAAAAGGAGAAUAAAAGCAAGCAGCAGCAGCAACAGCAGCAACAGCCGCAGGACGGCCAGAAGGCCGCGAACAACAAGACGCCCAAGAGUCGCGUCAUCAAGGACGCUCAGCAGCCGCCGUCCAAGACGCAGGAUCCGAAAAAGGAUCAAGUAGAGAAAAAGGCAACUCAACCGAGGACAACUGGUGGUGAUCGCAACGUAAAGUUCUCCAGCGAAUCUAGAGAAGAACGCAAUAAUAGAAGAAAUCGCGAAGAAGGAGAGAAACCGCGAGGACAGGGAGAGUUCAGGAGAGGAGGUCCUCCCAGCGAAGGUCGCGAGCCACGCGAAUUUCGGAACACGAGUGAGAAUACUCAACGCGUUGAGUAUGGAGAGCGCCGUGGUGCCCGAGGUGGCAUGCGUAACAUGGGAGGACCACGCGGACCACGUGGUCCACGUGGACGCGUUGGCUUUGAUAAUCGCGGCAAACGCGAAUUUGAUCGUCAGUCCGGUUCCGAUAAAACUGGUAUCAAACCAGUAGAUAAGAAAGAUGGCGCUGGGAGCCACAAUUGGGGCACCCAUAAUGACGAGAUUGAGGAAAGCCUUAACCAGGAAACUCAAGAAUGGAACAAUGAAAAACCAGAAACCGAACCUCAGCCGACAACUGAAGUUAAAAAUGGAGAAACGACUGCUGAUACAACUGUUGAAGAGAAACCGGCCGAAGAAGAGACGCGCGAGCUUACUCUAGACGAAUGGAAAGCUCUGCGUAGCAACCGAGCGAAGCCUCAGUACAAUUUACGAAAGGCUGGUGAAGGUGAGGAUCUCUCUCGCUGGAAGAAAAUGUAUGCUCUUGAGAAGAAGAAGGAGGGCAACGAGGAAGAGGAGGAUGAGGAAGAAGAUUAUGACGCUGCUGCCGAGUAUCCUCAGCGUGUCGGCAGGCAAAAGCGUGUGUUAGGUAUCGAAAUCCAAUUCAGUGAUUCACGACGUGGUUCUGGCGGACGAGGCCGAGGUGGUCGUGGUCGUGGUGAUCGCAUGAACAACGGUCGUGGAUUUGGAAAUCGCGGUGCUCCCAGAGACAACGAACCACGCCCGCAAACUGAACAGAGGUCACCACGAAGUCGUCAAAAUGCUCCAAAGGUAGACGACGAGAAUGACUUUCCUUCUCUGGGAUAAGCAGCUUCAUCUAUUGACUAAACAACAUCCCACCAUUGCUAUCACCAUCAGUCACAUCUACAACAGAUACAGCUGCUACAUUAAAAAAAAAAAAAAUAUUACUAUCAAGAAUUUUGCGUUAGUGAUAUCAUCAUUAUUAUUAAUGCAUAAUACACGUUACAGAAAUGAGAUACGUAAUACUAUCUAAAAAUUCCUUUCGUGGCUUGAACGCCAUUGUUGGCACAUAUUGGCAUACAUUUGUACAUACGAAAAGAUGUAUAAUAUAUAAAGAGAUACAACACAAAUAGAUAACGAUCCUUUAUUUUUUGUACUUGUAGCACUGGCCAGUGUCUCGGACUAAUUAUAGACAACAAAUGGCCCUCCACAAGUACAAAAAAAAAAUACAAAAACAGGAUUAUCUAUUUUUCUUCUUACAUCAUGCAUCCUUUCAUAUGUACGAAUACGUGCUAAUAUGUAACUAUGACGUUGAAUAUAUGCCAAUAUGUAACCAUGGCCAUGAGCGAUCUGUGAAGAAUGGAACAUGGGUUCCUUGAACUUGUUAAUAAUCUUCAGCUCGACUGAAGAUCACGAAAGAAUGUAUAAGAAAAAUGAGAGGGAAAAAGAGAGUAAAAGUUUAAGCGGAUCAGCAA